CGACGACACGAGACCAAAAGACGUAAAAAAAUUUACGUGCAAAACGCGUUUUUAUUUCAUUUUUUUCAUUCACAUUUUCACAAGAGACCCAACAACAGUGCUGUGCGUUUGUUAAUUUUUGAUUGUGAUUGAAGUCAAAUAUCAUCAUUAUGAGCACAUCGAGUGAUCAGACACCACGCUUUGAUAGCGGCAAUGGAGACUCCACCGAGAACACAUCAUCCCAGCAGCAACAGGAACAACAACAACAGCAGCAACAACAACAACCACAAACACAAAAUGGAACAGCAAAAUUGUUACAACAUUUCCAGACAAAUCGCAUCGAUUCAGCAUUAUGGGCAUUGAGAGCGCUGGUCAUUUUCUUUGCUGUCAGCUAUGUGAUACCCAUUUUCACCACACAACAGAGCGCUUUUAGUAAAGUUCUAUUGGCCAAUGCGGCCAUCUCGGCUCUUCGUUUGCAUCAACGUGUUCCUGCAUUUUCAUUUACCCGGGAGUUUGUGGCACGUCUGUUUGCCGAAGAUUCAUGGCAUUAUAUGAUGUAUUCGUUGAUCUUUUUCAAUAUACGUCCCUCCCUGCUGGUGCUUAUACCCGUUGUACUCUAUUCGGUUCUACAUGCAUCUAGUUAUUCGCUCAAAUUGUUGGACAUUAUUGGUCAAAACUCUUGGUGGGGUGCACGUUUCAUUAUCUCAAUUGUGGAAUUCCAGGCUGCUAAUAUCUUGAAGGCAACUGCUUUCUGUGAGAUCUUUAUAAUGCCUUAUGCCAUUAUCCUAACAUUCAUGAGCCAUGCUGGUCUGAUGACACCAAUCAUUUACUAUCAGUAUCUGGUUAUGCGUUAUAGCUCACGUCGCAAUCCCUAUCCACGUACUGCUUUUGCUGAGCUUCGGAUUACCUUUGAAACUCUGGCUGCCCGAUCACCACCACCUGUUGCGAAAAUUAUUCGAGGUGGCAUUGGUUUUGUUAAUCGUUUGGCGCCCCAGCCUCAGCCAGCUCCAGCGCAAUAAUAAUGCAUGGAAAUUGCAUAAAGAUCAACAAUCAGAAAUGACAACCCCAACAACUAAAUAAGUUUAUUUAACAACAACAACAGCAACAAACUAAGAAAACACUAUACGAAAAAAAAACAAAACAAAAGAAGAACACUUCAGCCGACGAGUUUAGGGGCCACCCGUUUUAUAAAUUGUUAGUGAAACAAAACAAAAAAAAACAAAAUUCUUUGCAACUUUAUCGAUAUUUAUUUAGUUAUAUAUCAAUUUUUCUCCUCAUAUCUCCCUUUUCGAUUUGUGUUUCUUUCGGCAUUUAGUUUAUCAAGUUUAAUUACUGCACACAAAGUGUGCAACAAUUUCAAAUUUUUACGAGUGCGUAUUAUUAACAUUAUUAAAGAGAGAGUUAAAAAAAAAAACAAACAAA